CUUGAUAAAAGUCUAGACGAUAAGCAUCCGUUGGCGUGGUAAGGGUUCAAUUAAACACGUCCAGCCACGGUGUGGAUCGGUUAGUUCGUGUCAUACUCAGUGAGUGAGCAGUAAUAAUGAAAGGUCACGUGCUGAGUGUCGUUGGUAUCAUCCUUCUUGCGAGCGCAACUGAUGCAUAUUUUUGCGAUGGCAUACCGGCAGGCUUGAGAAUAAGGUUCCCACUGCCCGAAAUAUGCAACGAAUACAUCUCCUGCCAUCACGGAACCGAGCAUGAGUGGCGCUGCCCGCGGGGACGCUUCUUCAGCCAGCGUGCGCAGCGCUGUAUGGACGCAUGUGACCCAACCGAAGCGAUCAACAUAUGUGCCGGAUUGAUCAACAACGUUUUGCUCCGGCCUCCACUGUCGGAGUUUCCAUUCAGCUGUAGGCGCCAUUACGAGUGCAUCGGAGGAAAUAUGGUUACGCGUGAGUGUCCACCCGGCACCUUUUUCUCGCAGAAAGAACAAGGAUGCGGUUCGGUGCGGGAAGACUUUUGCAUUCCUGAUUAGAUUUUCACUGACUCCAUGUGUGUGUGAGUGUGUGUGCUAAUACAUUCCAAAAUGAGGUGCAGAUGCAUGGGAAAUAAAAAUUAAAUCAAAAACUUA